CUACUAGACGUGGCCCCCUAGGGCUGGAGUGGGAGCCAACUAGCCUCCUGCCACCUCGCAAGACGGCAGAGUAGUAGGGGCGGGGGCUGGGGCUGCCCCGUACCUACCCCCUGGCCCUGGAGUGCGGGAUUGGGGGGGGGGGUCUGGGAGCAGAGCGGGGCUCCCAGCCCCCCUCAGUAGGUCGGCUCGUGGUGGGAAACAAGACGACAGAAGAGGGGGAGAGUAAUAUUGUUCUAAGUCCAGGACCUGAGGAACUGAGCUGGGUGCCUGGGAAUAAGGCCCCCCCCCGCCCCCCGCGCCCCAAUUGGGGCAGUAGAUCCUCGGCUGUAAAGGCCAGCGAGGGAAGGAGACCAAAGCACUGGGUUGCGCAGGGUUGUGCGGGGCAAUUGGUGCGACAGGGGCUGGCGGUGUGAACCGAGAUUAGGCUAUACCAUCCAUUCUCCCCUACAUCCACCCCUCCCCACCCUCCUCCCCCCGCAGGAGGAGCCUAAAGCUUGGAGAGCUCUUCUCUCAGCUCCUCUAGGGACUGCGGGAUCUGCCCGGAGUGUAUGUGUGUCUGUGUGCGUGUGUCUGUGUGUGUGCGCACAAGUGUGCGUGCGCCUGUGUAUGUAAGUGAGUGUGUGUCUGUGUGGAGGGAGUGAAGAUAAGGGAAAAGAGGCGGGCAGACGGGUGCCGCCCCCCAGGGAGGUGCGGGCCUGGGGGUGGGGUGGGAGGAAAAAGGAGGCAGCCGGGCAGCCAGGGAGCCAAGGGGCAGUGCGGCGGUGGUGGCCGCAGGGUGCAGCGUGGCAACGCUGACAGCGGGUGGUUAGCGUAGAGGAGGCUGAGUGAAGGGACCUAGGGUGUGAAGGAAGGAAGGAAAGAAGGAAGGAAGGAGGGAGAGAAGCAAGGCAUUUGCCCGGCCGGGGCGCUGCUGUCGUUCGCUGGUGCCCGCCGCAGUGUGCUGGGCGCGCGGCGCCUCCCGGCUCGCCCGCCCGCCCAGGCUGCGCCCGCCAGCCCGCCCGCCUGCUGCUCCGCUCGCCAGCCCUGUUGUUCGCCCUGGCUGCGGCUGUCCACCGGCGCCUGCCCUUCCUCGAGAUGUUCCGCUGGAGCAUCGGCCGCUUUUGCGGAGGGGAAGAGCAGCAGGUUGUCACUCGCACCAUACAAGUUGGUCAACACCAAACCCCAGAAACAGAUGCAUACGUGGCUGAGAAGUUUUGUGAUAACCGGAUUGUGUCCUCCAAGUAUACAAUUUGGAACUUUCUUCCAAAGAAUCUUUUUGAACAGUUUCGAAGAAUUGCCAAUUUUUAUUUCCUGAUCAUUUUCCUAGUCCAGGUCACAGUAGAUACACCAACCAGCCCAGUGACCAGUGGACUCCCGCUUUUCUUUGUGAUAACUGUCACUGCCAUUAAACAGGGAUACGAAGACUGGCUCAGACACCGAGCUGACAAAGAAGUAAAUAAAAGCAUUGUCUAUGUUAUUGAAAAAGCAAAGCGAGUGAAGAAAGAGAGUGAAGCUAUCAAGGUUGGUGAUAUUGUUGAGGUACACGCGGAUGAAACGUUUCCUUGUGAUAUUAUCCUCCUGUCAUCAACCAAUGAUGAUGGGACGUGUCAUGUUACAACAGCCAGUCUUGAUGGGGAAUCUAACUGUAAGACGCAAUAUGCUAUCCCUGAUACCAGCUCGUUUAACACGGCUCAUUCCAUUGAUACCCUCCAAGCCACGAUCGAGUGUGAACAGCCUCAGCCUGACCUGUACAAGUUUGUUGGGAAGAUCAAUAUCUAUGGUAAUAAUGCAGAACCCAUUGCCAGGUCUUUGGGACCUGAAAAUCUAUUGCUGAAAGGAGCUACUCUAAAAAAUACCAAGAAGAUUUAUGGAGUUGCUGUUUACACAGGAAUGGAAAGCAAAAUGGCUUUGAAUUACCAAGGGAAAUCUCAGAAGCGCUCCGCUGUGGAAAAAUCUAUCAAUGGCUUCCUCAUUGUGUACUUGUGCAUCCUCUUGUCCAAAGCUGCUAUUUGCACCACAAUGAAGUAUGUGUGGCAAAGUGUCUCCCACAAUGAUGAGCCUUGGUACAACCAAAGGACCCAGCAUGACCGAGAGACUGCAAAGGUUCUGAAAAUAUUCACAGACUUCUUGUCAUUUAUGGUCCUAUUCAAUUUCAUUAUCCCUGUUUCCAUGUAUGUUACUGUGGAAAUGCAGAAAUUCUUGGGAUCCUUUUUCAUUGCUUGGGAUAAAGACUUUUAUGAUGAAGAAAUACAAGAAGGUGCUCUGGUGAAUACAUCCGACCUCAAUGAAGAGCUUGGGCAGGUGGAGUAUGUAUUUACUGACAAAACUGGGACCCUUACUGAAAACACCAUGGAAUUUAUUGAAUGUUGCAUAGAUGGACAUACGUAUAAGGAGGAAACUGCAGAAACAGAGACAUUCUCUGAAACUGAUGGAAUUCAGCCACUUCCUGGAAGAGCAGAAAAGAGUCGGGAACAGCUCUUUCUCCGUGCUCUGUGCCUGUGCCAUACUGUGGAAACCCAAGUAAAAGAUGAUAUUGACGGAAUUGUCGAAGAGACUGAAUUAACGUAUAUCUCCUCAUCCCCUGAUGAAAUUGCUUUGGUAAAGGGGGCUAAGAAGUAUGGAUACACCUAUUUGGGAAUUAAGGAUGGCCGCAUGAAAUUGGAAAACCAACAGAAUGAAAUUGAAGAGUUCAAGCUUCUCCAUACUUUACACUUUGAUUCUUCCCGGAGACGUAUGAGCGUGAUUGUGAGAAAUGCCCGAGGUGACAUAUUUCUGUUUUGUAAGGGAGCAGACUCUGCUGUUUUCCCCAGGGUGCAAAGGGACCAGAUAGAACAGACUAAAGUCCACGUGGAACGCAAUGCAAUGGAUGGAUAUCGAACAUUGUGUGUGGCCUACAAAGAAUAUACUCUUGAGGAAUAUCAUGCAGUUGACCGUCAGAUCCUUGAAGCCAAGAUGGCUUUACAGGAGAGAGAAGAAAAGUUGGCAAAGGUUUUCGAUGACAUAGAGACUGACAUGAAUUUAAUUGGAUCCACUGCAGUAGAAGACAGGCUUCAGGAUCAAGCAGCUGAGACUAUUGAAGCCUUGCACAAGGCAGGUAUGAAAGUCUGGGUGCUCACUGGGGAUAAGAUGGAGACUGCCAAGUCUACCUGCUAUGCCUGCCGCCUCUUCCAGACCAACACUGAACUCUUGGAGCUGACCACUCGGACCAUCGGAGACAGUGACAGAAAAGAAGAUCGUUUGCACGAACUGCUGACUGACUACCAUAAGAAGCUGCUAUAUGGAUUCCCCAAACGUAGAAGCAUCAGAAAAGGGUGGGGAGAACACCAAGAAUAUGGAUUGAUAAUCGAUGGAUCAACUUUGUCACUUAUAUUAAAUUCUACCCAAGAGUCCACGUCAACUAAUUACAAAAGCAUCUUUAUGCAAAUCUGUAUCAAGUGCACUGCUGUUCUCUGUUGCAGGAUGGCCCCUCUACAGAAAGCACAGAUCGUAAAAAUGGUGAAGAAUAUUAAGGGCAGCCCAAUCACUCUCUCCAUUGGUGAUGGUGCUAAUGAUGUUAGCAUGAUCUUGGAGUCCCAUGUGGGAAUAGGCAUCAAAGGCAAAGAAGGUCGCCAGGCUGCAAGAAACAGUGAUUACGCGGUUCCCAAAUUUAAGCACUUAAGGAAAUUGCUGCUGGCCCAUGGGCAUUUAUACUACGUGAGAAUUGCACACCUAGUGCAGUAUUUCUUCUAUAAGAACCUCUGUUUUAUCCUACCGCAAUUUUUGUACCAGUUCUUCUGUGGCUUCUCCCAACAGCCAUUGUAUGAUGCUGCUUACCUUACGAUGUACAAUAUCUGCUUCACUUCAUUACCGAUCCUGGCCUACAGCUUGCUGGAACAGCACAUCAGCAUUGAAGUUCUCACCGCUGAUCCCAGAUUGUAUAUGAAAAUCUCUGACAACGCCAAGCUAAAGUGGGGCCCUUUCUUGUACUGGACGUUUCUGUCUGCCUUUGAAGGAACUGUGUUUUUCUUUGGUACUUACUUCCUUUAUCAGGCUACAACCUUGGAAGAGAAUGGAAAGGCUUAUGGGAACUGGACUUUUGGAACUACUGUUUAUACAGUCCUAAUAGUCACUGUAACACUGAAGCUUGCCAUAGAUACUCGGUUCUGGACUUGGAUCAAUCACUUUGUGAUUUGGGGUUCCUUAAUCUUCUAUAUCUUUUUCUCAUUCUUCUGGGGAGGCAUUCUCUGGCCUUUUCUCAAGCAGCAAAGGAUGUAUUUUAUAUUUGCCCACAUGGUGACUUCUGUAUCAACAUGGCUGACAAUGAUUCUUCUGAUAUUUGUUGGUCUUUUCCCUGAGAUUCUUAUGAUAGCAGUUAAAAAUGUCAGGAGAAGAACUCCCAAGGCCCAUCACUUCAUUGCCACCUCUGCAUUAACAAGUAUAGUUAAAACUGAGUUGCCUGACCAGAUGGCCUCGAAUUUGGAGCUGCCUAUGUUAGUGUCCUACAAGACUAUUGGCAAUGGUUACGUCUAAGACAAGAUGCUGGAAGAGGCUGCUGCAAAAAAUGUUAUCAUCUCAGGAUACUUGAACUCAUGCCUGUUUUCACUUCUGAGGCCCAGGAGGAAGGCCCUCUGUGAACCAAAUGACUUUAAAUCCUUAAAUGAUAACGCUGUUAUUGUAAGCAGUCUUGCUCCCCUGAAGUAUCAUGGGUGGGGGGGUAUUACUAGGGCAAAACCCUUGAAAGUCUAAGAAAUGCAUACCAUCGAGAUUAGCUAAAAUUCGACUGUAACUCAACAGACUUUAAGACAAAUGUCAAAAUGGGUGCUUAAAACAAACAAAAAAAAUCCUUAACUCAAGCUAUGAGUUAAAGAACAUGGAAUUUAAAUGCUGUAAUGUAGGAAUCAUGUAAUGGGAAUGAAUGCAUUUUGCUGACAUUACUUUUUUGCCUGGCAAAAGAAAUAGCCUGUCUCAAUCACUCGUUUUUGUUUUCUCCUGCUGAAUGAGAUAAAUAUUUAAGUCAUCAAACUCCUCCAAAAGUAGUAUAUGAAAAGGUUGGAGUAAAUGUUUUUCAUUGUGAAAUGUGUUGAUUGCAAAACCCCUUCUGUGUAUAUCGGGGAAGCUGUUAAGUGUUCUCUGUUUGUGCAUAUGCCAAAUCGUGUCCUGCUCUGACAAACUCGCUGGAAAAACAUAUAUGUCAAACACCUCUGUGGAGAGAAGGUUAGCAGCAGAUAAUUCAGCCGAAGGAGGAAACUCGGUCCUUACCUUUUUCUGUUCUGCUGAUCAAACACCACUCUGAGUGGUUUUAUUAGAUUUGAAAAUGCUCCAUCACUGUUUCAUAUCACAUAAGGUUAUUGAAAGUCAUUUUGAAGCAAACAGAACACAAGUCAUUGCUAUGGACAUGAGAGGAAGGUGGGUAAAAACUAUAUUUGCACAAAAAAUUAAUGUAAUCAUAACAUUGUAUGUUUUAUGUUGAGAAGGAAGAAGUUUAUGAUGUCUGUUAGUAAUGUAAUCAUAACAUUGUAUGUUUUAUGUUGAGAAGGAAGAAGUUUAUGAUGUCUGUUAGAAACCUGCUGUCUGUGAAUUAAUGUCACACUAAGAUUGCUGCUCAACCCCUGAGACCAUGACGGAGUCACCAUGAAUAAGUGACUUUCUCCCUUCGCUCAUCUGGCUCGAGUCAUGGUAGACCCAGUUCCGUUGGCCUGUAUGGAAGAUGUAACCCCUAUGAAAAGUUAGUAGAAAAUGUGGAAAUAAAUGAGAACUAUAUACACUUUUUUUUUAACCAACCAACCAAAUAUGUAUAUAUAUAUUUUUAUAAAGUUGAUUACAUUUGAUUUUUAAAUUGAAACAGUCUUUUAGAAAUAUUUUCAUGUCAGUUUCCAAUUCUGUUCAAUUUGCCAUCAGGCAUACCUAUUAUUGUUUGUAAUGUCUUGUAUCUUGGUUUAAAAAUCUGAUAGGUGCAAUUUCUAUUGAUACAUUUAACACGGUUUCUUCUAUCGUUUUUGUCCAUGUUUAUGUGGAAUCUUUUGUAAAUGCUAGGACUGGUGCAAUUUUGGUUAUCGGACCCCAUUCCAGUCUUGACUAAUCAUUUUUUCCUAUUUUCCUAGGUGCUCAUUCAUCAGUGUUACAUUUGUAUAUUUUGUCAGGUAUAGUGCAAUGCCUACCAAAAUGUGCUACAAACAGAAUCAGAAAUGUUGAAAUGAAGGACAAAUGUUUGUCCUUUGGGGUUUGAUUUUGACCUUCUUGUUGGGUAAGAGAAAGCAAGCCCCUUCUGAGGGCAGUGGGUACUCUUCAUUAAGAGAUCUGGAUCUGGAGUUUAAGAGUACCUGGGUUAGAAUCUGAGCUCUGCCACUUACUAUCUGGGUGACCUUGGGCAAGUCCCUUCCCCUCUCUGAUCCUGAGUUUACUUCUUCGUAAAGUGACAAAUGGAUUAGAUGGCUUCCAAAACCCUUUCUAGCUUGAAUCUCCCAUUCUAUGAACUGUGGACACUGUGAAUACACAUAACAGAGGGGAAUGAAAGGUUUCAUAAGUGCAGAACUGUUGUAGAUAUUUAUACCAGUGUGGUUAAAAAACCCCAAAGCUAGAAUACAUCUCUAUUUCUAGGGGCUUUAAGCAAGAAUUUCAAGUCCCAUUUUGAAAGUAAAGGAAAAGAAAGUUUGAAGCCAUACUUCUGCCAUAGAUUAUAGUCAUGCAUUCAUUCAAACAGUAUUUACUAUGUGCAAGGCACAUGUCAUUUAUCGUGUUGUAUUGCAGCACACAGUUGGUAACAGUUCCACCAUCAUACAUGCCUGUUGUAGGCAUCUGUCUUUUUUUUUUUUUUUUGCAGAUUUUAUUAACGAAUCAAAAGAGCCCAGCAUAGGGUCACCAUUGCGGGGUAGGGGAGGCAAAAAACAAAAGUAUGGGAAGAAUGCUGCCUAGUGUUGCUAGCAAUAGUUUGCAGCUCUUUAGCCAUUCUAUUUAAGCCAUGCUGGCAGGAAGGGAAAGGCAUGAUGGAAUGUGCUACCCUGUAUUUGCAUAAUUUGGAAUGAUCCGAAGUAGAAUUUCUGUGUUAAGUUGUUCAGAAUUGUUCUCCAAAGUAGGAAGAUGGGAUACACUGAGCGAAGACCAUGUAUUCCUUCGAUACCAACUACAUUCACACCAGCGAGAUGUAAAACUGCAAAAAUCCUCAAGGUGCUUAGCUGUGACAUAGGCUGCUUAUUGUGCCCCUUAUCGUAUAUUGAUGUGUAAGUCUCGUGCAUUGUGCAGCUUGCAAAGGUGGAACUCCGAUAUCAUGAGGUUUUUUUUUCCACCUAAGCAAUUUUAUACAUUCACAUGGUGGCUUUCUAUAACAGAGAUUGAAUGUGAAUGCUACUUUUUAUGAAUGCAAAUUGUCUUUUUCAUUACCAAAAUUUUUCGUUUGAUGUAAUCAAUAAACUUUGGUAUGAUCUCAUUAA